UUUUAUUAGUUUUCGCUUGCUAAUUUUGAGAUUUUUUACUUUUCUUAUACGAUAACCAAGUCUUGAUACUUACGAACAAAGCUAACUUCAUUUCAUUUGUUUUGAAAAACAAUUGAAAGUUUAGGUCGAUCUACGUGAAAAGAAAUAUCUUUUAGUUUGAAGAUAAUAGUGUAAUUUCGAUAAGUUGUGUAUAUUCAAUAAGUAUGUAUUGAAUUAGAUUUCUAGUUGACUUGAUUCCGUUCAGUGUAAACAAGUUAUACAGAAUCGACUGAAAUAAUUAUGAUUUUGUCGGGAAUCUUUGUAAGAAAAACGGUCAUAGUCUAUAAUGUUUUACGUUAUUAUUAACAGGUGAACACCGCAGUUUAUUGGAAACUUAUAAUAAGCGGUUAUGAGUGGAUAGUCGAAUACUGAUCCAGCUCGAUUGCAGCUGUGGGUACGCGGCAAAUAUACCUACCUACCUACUGAUUGUUACCAAAACGGAUAUAAGGAAUUCAUGUCUAACAAUGGAAGAAAUACUGAUAAACAGGUUAUCCAAAUUUGUCCAAGAAAUAAGGAACUUAACUGAUCAAGGUCACUGCCUUUGUAAGAUCUCAAUAGAUCAGCAUAAUCUAGAAAAGGCACAAAUUAUAAAAACUAAACUUACAGCCAUAUUGUCACGCUUUACAUGUGAACUAUAUAACUAUUUCAAAAUAUGCAAUAACCCUGACCCUGAUGAGAUAUCAGAUUUCACUACUUAUCAACUACAAGGAGAAGAAGUCUUGGCAGAGUUGGACGCCAAGCUGAAAAUUCAAGCGGAUCAACCUUCAACCUCGACAGAAGUUAAUAAAUCAUCAAGUUAUAGCAAGUUACCGGAUUUGAAAUUACCCGAAUUCAGCGGAAAUCUGCUCGAAUGGCAUUCAUUUUGGGAUCAGUUCACGUCUAAUAUAAGACGAAGAAAUUUAAAUGAUGUGGACAAGCUGCUUUAUCUCAAGAGCUCACUCAAGGGAGAUGCGGCAAGACUUGUAGAUGGAUUUGAUACAACAAACCGUAGUUAUAAACUUGCAGUUGAUACCUUAAAAGCAAGAUAUGGGAAAGACAGUGAGAUCAUAUAUGCUCACCAUAAAGCACUUACCAUGAUUAAAAGAGCUGGAAAUAUACAAGAGAGUCGACAAACCUUAGACGAAGUCUCAAGGCACCUUAGAAUACUUCAGUCUAUGAAGGAAAAUACUAAUACCAAUCAGAUUCAAUACCUUAUUAUGGAAAAAUUUCCUACUGAUAUUAUUUACGAAAUCAAAAUGAGAUUGGAUGCUGAGGCAACAAACUCGAUAGAAGAGAUAUUAAAACAACUCUCCAUAGUAAUAUCAGCGAAGGAAGAAGCGAACAGAGUUACUCAAGUGAAUACUUCAAACGAGACAUCACCAUAUACGGUGGAAACAUUACAUGUGAACGAGGCCAAUAAUCCAAGAACAAAUUAUAACUCUAAUGGAACAAAUCACUAUAAGAGGCAAUGGAACACUGCGAAUCCUAGAUCGUCUUCUUGGAAUUCAAGACCAAAUAAUAAACCAACUAAAAGGAAAUUCGAUUCUAAUGGAGAAAGAAAUAAUAAAUUUCAUGGAGGCAAAAAGGAGAAAUGGUCAUGUGUAUUUUGUGAUGGAGAUCACAAAGGUGAAUGUAAUAAAGUUACUGCAAUUGAUGAAAGGAAAGCAAAAUUAAAAGCCAGAAAUAGAUGUUUUAGCUGUUUUAAAACUGGUCACUUAGUACGUGACUGCAAUAAAAAGAAAAAUUGCCAAUAUUGUGGACGGUUUGGUUUCCAUAAUAAAGCAUUAUGUCCGAAGAGACUUCAAAACAAAGUAAAAGAGAAUACGAGCGUACUGCAUAUUAGAGAUGGAUCUACGGUAUUGCAGACGGCGGUAGCUGCGGUUCAAGGUCGUGAUAUUCUUAAGACCUGUCGGAUUUUGCUCGAUUGUGGUAGCCAACGAAGUUACGUCACUCGAGGGAUCGCUGAAGAGCUGAAUCUUCAAGUUGUAGAGGAAAAUAAUUUGGCGAUAUUUACAUUUGGAUCUCAGAAACCUCACGAACUGGAAAGCCCUCUAGUUAAAUUGGCAAUCGUUACACGAGACAAAUCAAUUAAAACCUUUUACGCCAAUGUUGUACCUUCAAUAUCGCACGGUGUUUCACAGCCUGACAAGGAAUUACUGGACUCGAGUACCCAAGAAAAAUAUCCACUCGCUGAUGAUGGUUCAUUAUCAGACCGCAUCGACAUUCUACUCGGAAAUGACUACUAUUUCACCAUCAUAUCUACAAAGAAGAUGUGCAUCAAGGAAGGCUUGUACUUGGUUGAUUCUGAAUUUGGUUGGAUUCUUUCUGGUAAAAUACCGAACAAGUUAAGUGAACAACUGUCGGUACUGACAUAUUUCCAAUCUUCGUGUGAAGUUAAACUGGAUCCACCUGAUCUACCGUUAGAAAGUGGAAACAUAAAACUCUUAUGGGAUUUAGAGUCGAUAGGGAUUACCGAUUCACCAAAGUCCACACUGGAAGAGGAAGCAGUUCAUCAUUUCAAUAAAACUACCCAGUUUGAAGAUGGGAGAUACCAAGUAAAAUGGCCUUGGAUGCACUACCCUCCCGAACUUCCAUCGAAUUAUGGUCUCGCAAUUGGUAGAUUAAAAAGUUUAUUGAAACGAUCGGAUACUGAGACCCCUUGA